GCACCGCGUCCCUCCCUCUUGUGCUACCCCGACCCCACCUCCUUUUUUUUCUGUGCUGAGAGAGCAUGCGGAUAGUUGGCUGAGUCUGUGGUGGAGUGUGAGAGGCCCAUAGAGCCGGCAAGAGGGAAUCUGAGAUCAGUAAAAAAAGCAGUCAAGUCAAAGCAGGCAGGCAAGCAAGUGAUCUGGGAAGAGAGGGGAUCAAAUAACUUUGGGUUGUACAACAGAAACAAGGUGAGAAAGAAAAGAUUUUUGCCCUUCCAGAGGACUUGGCUUGGAAGAGACAGGAAAGGCAGUCCUGCCUGGAGGGCACAACUAGACAGACAUACAGAAAGACAGGGAACACCUGGACCAAGCAGAGCACUGAGUUACUUUCAGUCACAGGAAGCCUUUUCACUUUAUCUCAGCUUGGCUGCAGAACAAAAGGCUGUAGUUGUGCUUGCUGUGAUUUGAGAGGAGCAUGUUUGACUGUAUGGAGGCUCUGGGGCUGGGCCCGCGGCCCCUCUUUGAUGUAUCCGGACAAGGCUCCUGCAUGCUCAGCAGGGCCAGCUCUUACUUCUCCGGCCUGGACCCCUUCGCCUGGGCCGGCACUGGCAGUAUUCAGUCGGUGGAGACCCAGAGCACCAGCUCAGAGGAGAUGGUGCCCAGCUCUCCUUCUCCUCCUCCUCCUCCUCGUGUCUACAAACCGUGCUUUGUGUGCCAGGACAAGUCUUCUGGUUAUCACUACGGAGUGAGCUCCUGUGAAGGCUGCAAGGGUUUCUUUAGGCGAAGUAUCCAAAAGAACAUGGUGUAUACUUGCCACAGAGACAAGAACUGCCAGAUCAACAAAGUGACCCGCAACCGCUGCCAGUACUGUCGACUUCAAAAAUGCUUCGAGGUUGGCAUGUCCAAAGAAGGUGAGAAGAAAAUAUCGGUGCGUAACGACAGGAACAAAAAGAAGAAGGAUGUAAAGGAAGAGGUGGUGCUGCCAGAGAACUAUGAGUUGAGUGGAGAACUGGAGGAGCUGGUUAAAAAAGUCAGCAAAGCUCAUCAAGAGACCUUUCCAUCUUUGGGCCAACUAGGAAAAUACACCACAAAUUCAAGUGCUGACCACAGAGUACAGCUGGACUUGGGCCUGUGGGAUAAGUUCAGUGAGCUGUCCACUAAGUGCAUUAUAAAGAUUGUGGAGUUUGCCAAGCGGCUACCAGGCUUCACUACGCUCACCAUCGCUGACCAGAUCACCCUCCUCAAAUCUGCAUGUCUGGACAUCCUGAUGCUGAGGAUAUGCACUCGCUACACCCCAGAACAGGACACAAUGACCUUCUCAGAUGGCCUGACACUCAACAGGACUCAGAUGCAUAACGCUGGCUUUGGCCCGCUCACAGACCUUGUAUUCGCCUUUGCUGGUCAGCUGCUCCCUUUGGAGAUGGACGACACAGAGACGGGCCUACUCAGUGCCAUCUGCCUCAUCUGCGGAGACCGUAUGGAUCUGGAGGAGCCACAGAAGGUAGACAAGCUGCAGGAGCCCCUGCUAGAGGCUCUGAAGAUCUACACCCGCCGCAGACGCCCAAACAAGCCUCACAUGUUUCCCCGCAUGCUGAUGAAAGUCACAGACCUCCGAGGAAUCAGCACCAAAGGUGCAGAAAGAGCCAUCACACUGAAGACGGAGAUCCCAGGCCCCAUGCCUCCACUGAUCAGGGAGAUGCUGGAGAACCCUGAGGCCUUCGAGGACAGCAGUGACUCAGGAGACAGCGCUGCUGCCGCUCCCCCUGCCAUUACAGCCAUCAAACAAGAAGAGAAGACCACAGACGAGUCUGCCGUGGAGGAGGAAGAGGAGGAGGAAGAGGACGACUACUGGGAUGAGGAGAAAGACCGAGGGGCGGACAGUGACGGGGAGCCGUCGGGAGAGGCGGCAGCGGGCGUGCAAAAGAAAGGUGUGACUGGGAAAACGCAGUGAGAGAGACACGAUGACGCGUCUUCCUCCUUCAGAUGACUGAGCCCUUGCCCAGCAAUAUCUCCUCCCAGAAACCUCACGGAAUUAGGCUCUUAUACAACCACGGUGCUGCAUACACCACAUAUUUACAUAUACUGAGUACUGUACAUGUGUUAAAUUCAGUAUAGGAGGCAAUGAGUGGGAGAAGCAAAAGCACUACAUAUCAGUGGGUUGAGGAGAAAAAUCACUGUGCCAAAAUGAGACUGUCUAAAAGAUAUUUCAAAAGUGUUUUGUCCACCCAAAGAGGAACAAGUUGUGGUAGAUAGAAGAAAAUGCACUCCUCCGCUAUCUAUAAGGGCUAUGCUUUGUAUAAAAUUGAUGGUAAAAGAUACAUUGCAACAACAGAACUCUAUGUGGUGUCCAUUUGCCGCAAAUAUCUUCUCAGAAUUCCUUUUUACUACUAUUCAGAGAUAUGCGACUUAUUUUUUUAUUGUAUGGUUUUUCUAAGCAUGUACACAUUUCUGUUCUGUCUUUACGCCUGUUUGUGGGACUCAGUGUUGCUUUUGUUUUGUAUGAUUUUCACUAAGUCUUGCUCACAUUUGACUGGACAUAUGUGGAUUUUUUUUAAGCUCAUCUUUAAUUGUAUGCAUUUCUGCUUCAUUGGACACAGUGAAAAGCAAAAGCAAAAGAUAGUAAAGGCAGCAAUAGCAAAGAGAGAGCAAAGUCAUGAGCGGGACUCAAACUCACAAUGUGAGAAGCACGUGGUAUGAACAUCUCCGACGGGUGAAACGUCUGAAAGUCAUUUCAGCUCUGGUGCUUGUGAUGCAAUUAAGACACUAAUAAACAAUGCAAAACAAAUACAGCAGAAUAUCUCCACCUCUCGACAGAAAUACACACGUACAAUAAGACUAAAAGAAUCUGCAGGGUAGAUUUAAUGUCAUCACACCAUCUCAGGUUGAUUCCAUCAGCUCUCACCUGGACAGUAUUUUAAGAAAACGGUUGGUGACUGCUCCAACAUAAAGCAAAAAGUCAUCGUACACCAAGUAGUAGGGGUUGUUAAAAUUUGAAGUUGUACAUGCCCUCGGUACAGUGACCAGGUACACGUAAGCCAUAAUAUUUUAAUUGUGUUAAAGUGAGCAGAGAAUCAUCCAAAUGGAUAUGACACUUAAAAGCAGUUUACUUCACAGAAAACCUCAGGUGUGUAUGUGUGUGUGUGCAUUAGUGUGUAACUGAGAGCAUUUACCUACACACACAGUGAUGUUGUGGAGAUGCGAUGUUACCGUCAUUUCUGACAUAAUCCACAGUGAGCAUUUAAGCAGAAGUCCAAUUAUUAAUAUAAUAAUUAAAAACGCACAUAAAGUAGGUUUUGUUGCAAAAACAACGUAAUGUUUUCAAAAAUGUACCAAAAAUGUACUCACCCAAAGACUUCUGUUGGACAUUCAUGCAAGAUGACCGAGAAUCACAUGAUCAAGUAACGUGAGGUGGCAACCGUCCGACAUUAACAAAAACAAAAGCUUUACAUUGAGUGUCUGUCGCAGCACAGGGCGAGUUUCAAAUAAUGUGUUUUCAUGUGUGCUGUAUCUAAUGAGUGAUGCAAUACAUGGAUUUUGUAAAAUAAAUACUUAUCAUUUGUUUUUCA